AGUCACUCCAUGAGUAAUGUUUGAUAAUUACAACCAGUAUAAGGAAGGACCGCUCUGCUCCUCAAACAGCUCUGCUUAGAGAUCCUUUCACCAAACGCUGCUGCGGAACCAGAGCGACGUCACGCGGUCAGAAGAAGAGGACCCUGUCCGCGCGCCUUCACGAGCUCCUCACACGCGCUGUGUUUACCCAGAGUUUCACACGAGCAGCAGGAGCGCGUGUGUUCGGUCCUCCUGCAACUCACCGAGUCUGAGGACCGAGGACGGAGCCGGUGAGGAGGGGCUUCAGAGCUGGACUUCAUCUCUCCCUCUGAUGAUUCUAUCAAAGUACGAUGAGAGGUUUGGCGCUGAGCCUGAUGAGUUCAGGAGGAUCUCUGAAGGGAACAUUCACAGUUUACACGCAGGAAAUGUCCACAGCUGCGAGCCCGACCGUGCCCUCCUCUCAGCUGACCUCAGAGCAGCUCACUGUGGUCGCUGCGUCCUUUUCCUCUCUGGUCUUCUUCGUGGUCAUCGUGGUGCUGCUCUCAAUCAUCUACCGCAAAGAUCCUCAGUGCUGCAAGAGUCGCUCCUGUCAGGCACGGCACGCAGACAUGGACGCUCCGCCUCAGUACUACAGCAGCAGUCAGACUCUGGUGGGAUCUGCGUGUCUGGAGCAGAGUCACAUCAUGGUUGACAACAACAGUCAGCAGGCGGGUCAGCUGUUCUUUGUCGGUCUGCCCUCCAGCUACUCCCUCCCCGCUCUGGAGCCCCCCCUGCCGAGGCUCCCAUCCUACGAGAGUGUCCGAAAGAAGGACCGCCAGAGGCAGAUCCACAUGAUGAUCGCAGACCGUUUCGGCCUCAAUGGACCCAUUGUGACUGAGCCUCCUCCAACGUACGAGGAGAGUAUCCGUCAGUCUGUGGAUCUGCCGUACACCAUCUUCUCUUCCGGUGUGGACCUCUCGUCUCCUCAGAGUUUCUACACUAACGCAGGACUGGAUGAACCUCAUCAGGUCAGAUCAGACGCUAACAGCAGCACUCUACCUGUGUGAAGCUCAUCAUGGUCUCAAACUGCAGGGUCAAUACGAACAUGGAUUUACGCAGACAGUCACAAAAGGAGACUGAAAGACUGAUCGAGAUACCUCAUGAGAGAGAUUUUCUAUUAACAACAGCUGACGGAGGACAAACCAAAGAGAAGCUGCACAGCCUCCAGGGAAGGACCGGACACAUCUGAAUGUUAAAGACGAUUUACUACAGCUGCUGUUCUCCCCAGUGAGGAUGGUUUAAGAUGAAGAAUCACUUAAAUGAAACUGAGGUGGCUGGUACAUCUUCAAAAGGCAAACCAAAAAGAAAACCUCUGAUGAUUUUACUCUGUCAGUGAACAUUGUCUUUGCUGUUUCUUUGAGCCUGGACCAGCUGAUUGUUGUGAUCGACUGAUAAAGCUGAGCAUAUCUAUGUCUAGAUCUGUAGAUGAGCGUAUUAGUUUCAGAUAUGUGCUGAUUUGCAUAAUAUUUUUACAGAUGAAAUAUGCUUGGUUAAUUUAAAAUGUUGUCAUCAUGUAAUUUGGCUAGCAGAGGGCAGUCUGACUCCAUGGUUUACGAUCCUCUCAGCACUGUCCGUAGCGCAUGUAGCAGAACAUCACAGCUGAACUGACUUACGGUGCUGACACAGCCAAGAUGCCCCGAGCCACUCCUUCAUUGUGUUAAAGGCAUGCAUUUAAAGCAAAGAAUGAUGAUCUAUAAUGUAAAUAAACAUUAUGGAGUGUAGGUUUGAUUGAAGCUGAUGUGGACAGGCGUCUUGUGGCCGCAGCCUGUGUUCGCAUACUGAAUCUGAAAAUAAUUGGUUGAUGGUGAAGAAAAAUGUGAAAUGUUCUUUAAUUAAGUUUUUUUUUUUUUAUUAUUUUAGAAAAGAGCUUUUUGGAGAAUCUUUGUAGCAUCAUAUUUGUGCACAUGAAUACUUUCAGAUAAUCAGUGCACAGUCCACAAAGAAAAACAUCAAAUUUUCCGCCCAAUUUGAGAUCCUAAAAUCCCCUCUGGCUCGCCCACGCCUUUAAUAAGUAUGAUAAAUAGUUGAGAUUAAGAUGAAGAAGUUCCACAAAUACUUGUAUUUUAUUAAGAGACACAUUUUGUGUGAUUGUGGGGCUAUGCUACAGCAGCACAAAAACAUCCCUGAUAAAUCUUUUAGAAAAGCAGAAACUGGUGAAGGGUGAAAUUGUGAGAUUACAUAAAAGUAUUUUCCUGAUGAAUAUGACCCCUUUACCUGCCUGCAGUACUUCUAAUGUCCACUAGAGGGCUGCUGUUUCCUUUACAAAACACUUUUAUUUUGAUCCCAGCCCAUAACUCUUCCGUACUGAUCUCCAUAUCCGUAAGCUGUGACUUUCUGCCUCUUUAAAAUCUGGACCGGUCAUAAAUUCUGUAUCCGCCUGUUCUGCUCCUGACUCACAGACGUCACUGCUUGUGUCUCUGUGAUGUCUCUGUACCUGCUGACGUUGCACAGCUCCAGCCUGUCAUAGAGUGCCUUCCAUGGAGCUUUAAGACAACACGACCCAAUGAUUCCUCUCUGUCUGAUGCAACACUUUACCUUCGUUUGUUCUGAGUCUGUUCGGCUGUAGCUGGGACACAAAGUAAGACUGAAUGUGUCUGAAAGCUUCGGGUGGAAAGUGAAGCAGAGUGGAAUUACAGGGGAGGAUCUUUGUCAUAUCUUGUUUCAUUUUGCUGCAACCAACCAAUGAUUUCUUUGUCUAAAUGUUUGUCCUGGACAUCGUCAUGUUCUGUAUUUAUUGAAGAAAAAUGAUUCCUUGUUGUUUCUCAUGUGAAAACAAACGUAAUAAACAAAUGUAUUGUUUUGUUUACUAUUGUAACUCUAUCUCAAGAGUACUUUGUGAUUCUGAAACAAACACAUACAAUGCGGUAGUUACAUUUAACAGUGGAGAAAAAAAGAGGAUAAAGUAAGGGGACUCCAAUAGGAGAUGUUUGUCAAUCUACAGAAGUUUUCUCACCUUUUUCAAUGAUUUUAUACUCUUUAAAUAUGAGAAGCAGAGGAACACCUGCCCCACUUGGGUUAACGUGGUUUUGACUGAAACUUCUUGAAUGUUUUUGCAACUCUUUUGGUCUUUCUUUGGAAGCCCUAUGCAGAAAUGUAUCAUAUUAAAAUGUAUGAAAUGUUUUUUCAUGUUAAAAAGUUAAUUUCAGUUGUUUCCUUGUGAUCUAGAAACUUCGGAUGAUGAUAAGUUGUACCAUUAGAGUUUUAGGGCACAAAACAAACAUAUAGAAAUAAGCUUUUUUUAUUGCAAGUUUGCAACAGAAGCUCGACUGUCAUCCCACCUUUUUACUUUUAUCUUGAUUCCUGCAAUGCUGUGAUGUAAGAAUCCCAGUGUGUGAUUUCACAUUGGGUUAUGGAAGCAUGAGAGAUAAAGUCUAAGAACCUCAUUUGUGUGGGCAAUGCCAGAAUUGUAUGUGGUUGUCUGGGGUAACCUGGACU